GUUUGGCCACUGGGCAGAAUUAGACAGACUGUAAAUUGACAAAUGGAGAAAAUGGCAAACAUUUGAAUCCCAAAGAGCGCCACUUUCUCUUCGCUAUACGACAAAUCUUCCCUCCUUAUUCCCUCCUCUUUGUUCCCUUAACCUUUCCACCUUCCGCAUCGUAACUCGUAACCCUACAAUUUGUCUACAUAAACCAUCCUCUGUUUCUCCCCUUUCUGGGCAUUUUUCCUCUCAAUCGAAUCAAUUUCAGGAUAGAUGGAUUCUCCCACAGAAACUGGACUAGAGAUUUCUGACGAUUCAUGUGGGUGGCCACAAAAUCUCAACUCGUUUGAAGAAAUCUCAUCAGGUUUAGACCAAAAUGCCUCUUCCCCUGUAACUCCAGAAUCUGUCAGGAUACCUGUAGCUCUCAGCUUUGAUAAUGGCAGUUCCGAUGUUUCUCCCAAUCAUGACUCUGACUCUUCUUAUUCCGAGUUAGACUCGGAAGCUGAAGCCUUUUACUCAUCUCUUAACCACCAUCUGGUCUCACCAGGGACAAUGGGUAGCCAUGAGUUUGCUGAGAAGCAAAUGAGCUAUGGAGAAUUGAUGAAGAAAUUUGUCCAACGCGAGGAAGAGCUUAGGACUACGACUCUAAAGCUCCAAGAUACUGAACAAGAGAUUGAGAAACUGAAAGGCGAAACCGAGAAGAGUGAGUCUGCUGUUCUACUUGCUGAGCUUGAAACUGCAAGGAGAGAAAUAGAGACGAGGGACACAGAGAUUGAGGCUGAGAAAAAGCGAGUUCUCGAGCUGCAAAGUCAGGUGGUGGGUUUGGAACGUACGCUCUCAGACUUAAAUGUCAGCAUUGGGAGUGUAGUGGAUGAGCUUCAGUUGAGUAAAGAAUGUUUGGGUGUAUCAGAUGGUGAGAUAGCAAAGCUAAAGGAAAUGUUGUGUGAUUGCCAGCAAAGUUUCUCUACUGAAAAAGCAAAACUGGAGAUUGAGAUUGCUGGACUGUUAGAGAAGCAGACUUUCUUGGAAGCUCGGGUCAGAGAAAUGGAAUCACGUGGUGAGGUACUGGAAGAUCAGAUUAGGCAUUCUUCUGCAGAGAAAAUGGAGAUGCAGAGAAAAGAGGCUCAGUGGCAAGCUGAGAUCGAUGCAUUGAAGACAGACCUGGCCUCGCGAGAUGAGCGAAUUGAAGCGUUGAACAAAGACUUCGACAAGCACAAACUGAGUUACGAUAUGCUAAUGGCAGAGAAAGAUGGAGUCUGUGCCGAGGUAGACAAUCUAAAAGCAGAGAUGAGAUCAAGAGACAUCCAAAUCGAGCAAAUUGGGGACCAGCUUAACCAGCUUCGCUAUAGGGAGACCGAGCUUGUGUCUGAAUCAGGAAAUGCCAAGAACACUGUGGAGGAACUGAUAGCGACGGUUAAAGAACUGGAGAAGCAAGCAGAGUUGCGGAGAAAUGCGAUAUCAGAAGGAGAGGAAGAGAAACGUGAGGCGAUCAGACAGCUUUGUUUCUCUCUGGACCAUUACAAAAGCGGAUACAGACAGCUUCUGCGGGUUCUUUCGAACAACAAAAGGCAAUAAGUAGUAAUUCAUGGCCGUGUGAGGUUGAAUGGAUUCGUUCUCAUUUGCUUAUUCGUUACAAUAGUAAAAUGUCGUCCUGUGUUCCAUCAUAUUUGUGUCAUUAUGUGUUUCUCUUCUAUCUCAGACAUUCUUCAGAUUAUUUAGAUAGAAUUGCAGUUUAUAUGAAAUCUAAGCUCGAUAAUGCUUUAAUAUGUGGGUGUGCUCGUGCAGUUAUGUAUUUAAAAGUUUAUGUCUAAAGAUUUAUUUCAUUUAUGCUUAUGUCAUAA